CUCACAUGAUGUCCAAUGCGGUGUCAGCUCUGCUCUUCGACAGCUGCGGUCGUUCUCGGCGACCAGCUCAAACAGUAUACGACUUUUAUUGAGGGUUUUUAUUCAUCAUGCAGUCUUUGCGCACACGAAGGCCCUCUGACACGCGCGCCGUCGUCAAACGCCAAGCCUCUAAACUCGAGAAGAAACCCAUCAAUAAGAAUGUCCGCAAGUCUACCGUCGAUGACAAGAUAAAGAAGCGCAUGUCCCUGCGCUAUGCAGAGAUAUCUGCCCCCACUGAAGCUUCUGUUCCGGACGUGCCAAGCGUUCCCAUCGGGCUGCGACCAGGCACUGCGAGAGACCCAGAUGAGAUUGUCUUGGAAAGUGCCAGUAUCAGAGAAGACCAGAAGGCUAUCGAUCAGAGGUUACUGGACAAGGAAGAUUUCGAUCCCGACUCUUACUUGAAGGCCAAAUUGGCUAACUCAACCGAAGCGGAGCUCAGGUCUCUCCAGUCCUCACUCAGAUCGUCUAAGGAUGAUACCGCUGUUGAACUACAGCGGAAUGUGUUUAAAAAUUAUGCUGAAUUCGUCCUGAUCUCUAAAGAAAUUUCUGUCCUUGAGAACGAAGUUCUCGAACUCAAGGAAAGUCUUUCUGAAUGGAAGUCGAUGCCGAGCCUUUUACACAUCGACGAAUCUGCCUCUGCUGCAGAGCGGCGGCGCAACGUCCGUUCGUCGAUUGCGGACCUUCGCGUGCUCUACGCAAAUCAGAUGCAGACACUACACACGCAAAUCGAGGGCUCCACCAAAUUUGCUCCAACAACCCCAGGUAGACAUGUGGUUUACGACAUGGACGGGAUAUUUGCUCUCAAUGCGGCAACCUACAAGGUUAAUAACACUGUCAAGUUCGUUGUGCUAGAUGAUUCUGUGCUCGUUGCGAAGAGGAGAAGGAGGAACAAUGGAGAAGGGGGACGGCUGGUGGCAGAGAGAUGUUGGCCUUUGAAUGAGAUGCUGGUGUUAGAUACGAAGGAUACAGCAACUAUGACGAAUGUCUUUAAAAUUCGUUAUCAAAAGGAGACAUACGUUUACAGAACGGAGGCAGCUUCUGAUAAGAAGAAUCUUCUGGGACAAUUCCGCCAAGUCGCCGAAGAACUCGCAAUCCGCAAACGCAGGGAGCGUGAAGGCGAGCAUGAGCGACGCAAGAGCAUGUGGACUGGUGCAGAUCGUUCCUCCAUGACAUUGCAUCCUGAUGCGAUGCCGUCCCUUCCUGACUGGAUGGCUGAGCUUGCUCGUAAGGCAGGCGUUGAAGGGGACACUAGCGCACGGGACAAGACCGAGCGCGAUGCACGUUUUAUCAGUGAUUUUUCUGACGAUCUCACAGUCGCCAUUGCUCUGCGAUCCUGGGAACGGGCCGUUGAGCUAGUGGAGGAAGGUCGAGUUAAAGUAUCUUCCAUGCCGUUAUUGAGCGCCAAGCUUACUCCUCUCACGGCGGGUCUCAUCUCAGCAUUACUCGAUGCACUCAGUGCACCUGGGAACCGCAAGAAUACUGCAGUAAGCCUCAUCGGGUACUUGUUGAAGCUUGGACAAGGUCCAGCAGCGAGGUCGACGUUUUUAUAUGCACGAGCGGAAGCAAUGAACCGAUAUGUCAGGGCCAUCAAAUUUGAAGGUCAUGUCGGGAUGUAUGUGCACGAUUUAGCGGUGGUAAUGUUUACAGGGAUCAAGCAUACAGCGGAUUGGUUCCUCGCGGGUUUUGUAGAGCACGAGAUGACCAGCACCUUCAUCGACUGGGCCAAAAAACAGAUCGAAUUGUAUGCCGAAAGGUUCAGGAAGCAAGUCUAUAGUUCCGAUGCUGAACCGCAGACUGUCAAAGAAGCACUCAAAAUCUCGCACAGUCAGAGUCGCAAGCUCCUACAAGAAUUCGGACUCGACUUCCGCUUUCUCCUCGACGAGCUCCUUGUUCAAAAUCCCCAGACCAGUGAUACCUGCGUUGUUUCUGCUACCUUCCAUGCGCCCUCCUUCUCACGCUCGCAGACACCCCAAUCUACAUCAUCCUUUGUGUCUUCCUCAGCUCCCAUGCUUUCGAUUCCCUCGGUGCCUAUCUCGCCCGCCCGCUCUACCACACGCUCUCCGAUGCCUGUGCGUCCAGUCAUACAAUUACAUGACUCCGAUCGUCCGCCAAGAUCUUCGCGGGAUAGUCCAGCCCCUCCGCCACGCUCGUCAAAUCGACCUGGGAGCACUAAUAGACCUCCAGUUGCUAUUCCGCAAAGGGAGGGGAUGUUUUGACCGGAUAUUUUACAUUGACUUGUGGUAUACAUUCCACCGCCUGACAAUGACAAGUACCGAGGUAUGUGAUUGCACCCUCCAGCGCUCUGACUCUGGUUAGCACUGGGGCUAAAUCAAAGCGCACG